GUGCACAUUUUCAUCCUAGGACCUUCUCUUGGUUCUCUUCUUUCUUAAUAUAUACCAACUCAACCAUAUAUUUCCAUGGAUAUUGAUUCCACAAUCCAAGAUAGUGUCUUCACCAUGUUGUGGAACCAACUCAAGGGGUUAUCAAGAAAGUUGAUGGACAAAAUUAGUAAUAUUGCUAACAACACAAUAAAUAUUGGGAAAGAUGAUCCAAGGAAAUUUUGGCAUGCAGCCAAAGUGGGAUUAUCUCUCACUUUGGUGAUAUUGUUUUACUAUUCAUGGCCACUCUAUCAUAGCUUUGAACAAUCAGCAAUCAUGGCUGUCCUCACAGUAAUGGUUUCUUUUGAGUACACUGCUGGUGCAACAAUAUCAAAGUGCUUAAACAUAGCAUUUGCUACAGCACUAGGUGUCACAUUAGGGAUUGGAGCUAAAUAUAUAGCUGAGUUUUGUGGAAAAGAAGGGGAGCCUACAAUUCUUGGGAUUUUGGUCUUCAUUCUAGGUGCUCUAGGUACAUUUACCAGAUUUUAUCCACAUAUGCAAAGGAGGUAUGACUAUGGAUGUAUGUUCUCUGUGGCAACAUUUAGUUUGGUGACAGUGUCAGGUGACAAGUACUUGGAGUUGGUUAAGCAAAGGAUAUCAACAAUUAUGGUUAGUGUUGCCACAGUCAUGGUCAUCUCCUUGGUCAUUUGUCCAGUGUGGGCUGGAAAAGAUCUUCAUAAGCUUAUUAUUGCCAAUCUUGAAAAGCUAGCAAGCUUCUUAGAUGGUUUUGAAACUGAGUAUUUUCAAGCAAUUGGUGAGGGCUCCAAAGAUAAGGACAACGGUUUUCUUGAAGCCUUUAAAAGUGUUCUUGGUUCUAAGGCCACUGAGGAAUCUUUGGCAAACUUUGCAUGGUGGGAGCCAGCAAAUGGACCAUUUAGGUUUAAUAAUCCAGGGAAAGAGUACUUGAAGAUUGGUAACCUUGGUAGAGAUUGUGCUUGCCAUCUUCAUGUUCUUAGUGGUCACUUAAAAUCCAAAUCUCAGGUACCAACCGAGUUCCAUAGAAGAACAGAAGAAGCUUGCAAAAGAAUUAUCGCAGGAUCUAGCAAUGCCUUAAAAGACCUUGCUUUCUCCAUCAAAACCAGAACCCAACCCCCUUCCUCCGGCCUGUAUAACGUGGCAUUCGCCAUUGAUGACCUCAGAGAGGCUCUCUUAAUUACCAAAAAAACCUUCUUAGAAGAAGACACCAUUGACGUAAUCUCGGCUACGUCGGUGGGGUCAAUACUCAUCGACGUCACCAGAUGCAUCGAUGAAAUCUCCAAGGCGGUAGGAGAGCUUUCGGUCAAAGCACGUUUCCAAAAAGAGGAAAAAAAGAAGGACGAUUCUACAUCAGAGAAACCAUUAACGCCUCGAUUACAACUCCUGCACCGUGGAAUUGUGAAUGCCAAGGUGAAGGAGGAGGAAAAUCCUAUUGGUGCAAUAAAAGGAGAACAUGUUGUUUGUGAGAUACAUACAAUAGAAGAGGAGAUAAAAGAAGAGGAUGUUGUGAUUGGAAUUGAUAAUAGAAGCCAACAUGGAUUUAGGAUAUAAAAUUUUUGUAUUUUAUAACCAUUUUAAAAUUAG